UAAUCAUCGAUUUUAAAUGGGCAAUAAUUAAUCCUGUUGUUCUGUAAGAAUCAGAUAACCAUCUAAUACUCUGGAUAAAAAGGAAGUGUUUUUAUUAUGCGAUGUUUUAAAGCACUCGCAAGAAGGCAACCAAUCAACUCAUUUAGAUUAAUAAUGUUUUGAAAGAAUAUUCCAAGAUAAUCCCCUCUUUGGAUAAUAAGUCUUUGAGUAUUGUCAAUCCUAGUUAAAAGCUAACCCCUUGCCCUUGGAAGGGUGUAUCAAUAUACGUAAUUAAUAUUUGAAUUGAUCAAUAGUUUAAGGCGUACUAAGUACUACAGAUAUCACUCCUGUCUGUCUGUAGAUAUGCAUGGAAAAUUACGAUUCAUAGUUACAAAUUAUCACAGCUUAAUAAGCAUUCUAAUUUAUUGGGGUAUGGAAAUAACUUCUAACUUUUUAAGUUAAUAACGUCUAUCUUUUUAACUUUUUGUAUCAGAAAGCAGUAAAUUGAUGCCUCCGUUUUGGAAACUUUGGUUAACUCACUUUUCAAAGAAAAACAAAUGAAAAUUAAUGAGUUUUUAUCAAUUAUGGAAGCCAAUUUUCCACAUGUUCAGAAAUUGAUUCGUUUAUACCUUUAGUACAGGUUAUUGCAAAAACCCUUUAAUUAAAUGAGAGUUGCAAAAAUUGACAAAGACUCAUUUAGUCUCAAAUAUGAAUGGCUAGCUAUAAUGGGAUUGGCAACAUCAGAGUUACACAGACAUGGAUAAUUAACAUUAUUAUAUUAAUCAGCCUUACAAUCCAUCAAUUUUCAAGAAAUCCUAACCUUCAUGCAAUAAACCCAAAUUCUAUUUGUGGCAACAUUCUAAGACGAAUAAACAAAUAAAAAAUAAACUAUAGCCAUCUACAAUAAAUAAUAAUGGCAAUUGGAUGGCAAAGAUUCUGAUAAUAUAAUUGCAUUCUAAUUAGCACCAUACUUUUACAUUUACAGAUCUAAAUCCAAAAAUAAUUUUAAUGCCAAUGGCUUUGGCUAUAACUUUGAUUCAAAGACUAAUCGAUACUUAUUAUGGAUUGGACAGUAAAAUAGUUACUUUUUAAACUCUCAAAGAGUAUAACAUGUUAAUCAUAUUUAGCUAUUAACUAUCGAAAUAUGGAGAUGUGAAGAACUAUAAUCUAAAUUAAGAAAGAGUGUAAUUGAAGAUGACAGAACUUCUACAUUGAGUCCUAAAGAUUAAAAGAAAAGAGUUUCCUUUAAAUUAAUGGAUGAAAAUCAACCAACCAGAAAAAGCUCAUCAGUAACUCCUACAACUAGAAAAGCCAACAUGUUAGAAAAUCCUGCAGUUUCACCUCCUCCCAUCUAACCUUUGAAUAAUACUCAACCAUUGUAAUAUUAAUCCUACUAUUAGCUUUCUUCAAACUACCCAAGAUGGUUAGGAGAGUCCUCGAUCACCACAUUUUAAAACAGAUAACCUCCCAACUUUUAAUAAUCCUCAAGGCUAAAUUAUGAAAUCUUAUCCAAAUCCUGCCAAUAUUACAAAUACUUAAUAACCUACUAGGCCUUCAUAAAAUAGACCCUCUUAAUCAAUUAUUGACAAGUAUCAGACUGGGCAAAGACAAACUAGAAGUUACUCAAAUAAUGAUAUUAGGAAAAGUGUGGAUGAUAUAUUAAAGAGAUAUGAAAAGAAAGCAUGAAAUUUUAAUAUUCAUAUUAUC